AUGGCGAAUGUGGAAGAGAUGCAAUGUGGGUCGAUGCUGUUCAAGCAAGAGGAGCUGCAGGAGAUGUGUGGGGUCAAUGUUGGUGGCGAUUACGUUGAGGUGAUGUGUGGCUGUACCAGUCAUCGCUACGGCGAUGCCGUUGCCAGGCUUAGGGUUUUCCCAAGCGGCGAUCUCGAAAUCACCUGCGAAUGCACGCCCGGCUGCGACGAAGACAAGUUAACACCAGCUGCGUUCGAGAAGCAUUCAGGGAGAGAAACAGCAAGGAAAUGGAAAAACAAUGUGUGGGUCAUCAUCGGAGGAGAAAAGGUUCCAUUGUCAAAGACUGUCUUGCUCAAAUACUACAACAAAGCAUCGAAGAAGUAUAACAAAUCACAAGGCACCAAAGUUUCCCAUAGAGAUGAGUUUGUUGAGUGCAACGAGUGUGGUAAGGAGAGGAGGUUCAGGCUGAGGAGCAGAGACGAGUGCCUCUUGCAUCACAACGCAAUGGCGGAUCAAAACUGGAAAUGCUCGGACUUUGCAUACGACAAGAUAACAUGUGAGGCAGAGGAAGAGAGAGGAAGCAGGAAAGUUUACAGAGGAUGCACACGCUCACCAUCUUGCAAAGGCUGCACUACUUGCGUCUGCUUUGGCUGCGAGUUAUGCCGUUUCUCUGACUGUUCUUGCCAGACUUGUGUCGACUUCACCAGCAAUGUCAAAGCUUGA